AUGAAAGAGUAUGCGAUUAAUUGUAACUACGAAUACCCCGUACAUUCUUUAGUUUUGGAUACAAGCGACAAGAUCUGGAAAAAGUACUUUAUCGAUGAAGAGCUUUUGGAAAUCAAAAAUUACAAUAGGAAGAAGCUUACUGAUUUGCCUAUGUCAUUGCAAACAUAUAUAGAUUCUCUUAAAACAUCAACAGACGCUAUUUCAUUAGAAGCGAAAUUGGUCCAAGAACAAGAAUCCCUUGCCUGUGAGUGGGUAAGAAGUACCCUCUUGGAAUAUUUCAAUUUAUUUAAAUGGGAGUAUUUACCUCUUACCGACCAGUUAGAAGAAGAUAUGAUGAGACGAAUAUGGAGAUUUAUUGACACUGCUUUUGACGACUCAAAAAUCAAGUAUAGAAGGUGCAGUAUGCUUGUAACCUAA